AAAUGCAACAGUCACAUUAAUCCCUCCGUUGUAAUAACAACACACCUUCAAAUAUAUUAAAAUAKUUUCCACUUUUCAAAACCCCACACAAAAUCAAAAAUGUUCAAAAUCGUGCUUGUAAUCUCCGUCAUCGCCUUCGCUUGUGCCGAGCCUGGUGUUGUGGUUGCUCCUGCCGUACCCGUUGCGCCGAUCGUACAUCAUGGCGCACACGCUGUGCACUCUCACGUAAUUCAUCAUCCCGUGCCAGUGAAGACCGUCGUGACACCAGUCAUUGCCAAGCCAGUGGUGCCACUUGUGCCGGUCGUAAAGCCGAUUGUGCCUGUAGUUCCAGUCCAUCAUGCCCAUCCGGCCGUUGUUGUGCAUCACUGAGCGCCGGCAGCAUGGCAGACACCAACGCCAGCACCCGCAAUCAUCCAGGAACGUUGAUGAGGAUCAACGAAAGAACGAAUCGAAGUUAAUCGAACGCAACAAUGGCUCAGUGCAUUAAUAUAUGUAGAUUACAAGCUCCCUACUUCUAUCCUACUUCCCCUUCAUUCUUACUUUAAUUCUGUACUAUGAAUUCCCCGAAAUUAGUUAAAUACAACAAGCGAAACAACAAUAAAA